CGUCUAAAUCAGCAAGUUGUUGUUGUUGUUGUUGUUAUUGCAAUCAUUCGAUUGUUAAAUACAUUUUCAAACUUGUAAUCGAUCACAUCAUUUCUCUCUCUCUGUCUUGAAUUUUUUUUUCUUAUUAUUGUAUAUCACAAUACGAAACGGACUAUUCAAAGUCUGAAUCAUCACAUCAACAUUAUGGAAUUUCUUGUAGCCAUACCAUUGAAAAAAACAUACGAAGUUGAUUUGGUUAAAUACCUAAAGGUAUCGAUCAAUGCUCAAUAUGGCAAUGUUGAUGAAAAAUCUAAAGAUAAUCUUGAAGUGAUGAAUCGAAUGCGAAACAAUGCUACAUCACGUAAUAUUGAAUCUAGCCAAGAGACUAGCUUGGAAAUCAUUGAAAAAUAUUAUGAUCAAUUGGUUCUAUUGAAUAACAAACUACCGCAAGCAAACGUUCCAUUCAAAUGGAAAGAUGCAUUCGAAAAGGGUGGCAUCUUUUCAUCGUCCUCAAUGACCGUAUCAAAUCUCAGUUUUGAAAAAGUUUGCAUCAUGUUCAACAUUGGAGCUUUGAUGAGCACAUUGGGUGCUUAUUAUUGUAAAGAAGGUGCAUUCAAUGAUAAUUCAUUGAAACAGGCCAUCAAACAUUUUCAAGGUGCUGCCGGCAUUUUCCAAGCGCUGAAACAUACUACUUCAUCAUCAUCUGAUGGUAAUGAGCUUACAUUUGACCUACAAACAGAAGUGUUAAACAUGUUACAGCAUAUGAUGUUGGCACAGGCUCAAGAAGCGUUCUUUUUUAAAGCCUACAAUGAUGGUAUGAAAGAAAAUUCCGUUGCCCGAAUUGCCGCUCAAUGUGUUGAAUUCUAUGGUGAAGUUGAAAAACAAAUUCAAUCGAUAAAUUUCAAAGAUAAAUCAUUUCUACCAGAAUGGGUGGAUAUUAUUAUUCAGAAACAUAAUGCCUAUAAAGGCGUAGCCGAGUACUAUCAGGCUAUGGUCGCUAAAGAUAAAAAAGAAUUUGGUGAACAAAUCACUCGGUUGACGAAAGCUUUGGAAUUUUUUAAAUCAGCUGAAACUCGUGUUGCGAUUAGUAUGGCCGAAAAAUUCAAAGAUAUUGUGAAUAAAGCUACACUUGCAUUGGAAGAGGUGAAACGUGAUAAUGAUUUCAUUUAUCAUGCACGAAUACCAGAUUAUAAAUCUUUACCAACAAUAUCGAAAGCUUUGUUAGCCAAAUCUACUGAACUACCUAAUCUUUUCUUCCCUAAUGAAUCUGACCUAUUCGUUAAUUUGUUGCCACUGGUCAUGCAUCAAUCGAUAUCACGAUUGGAGAAUCGUAAACAAGAACUAGUUAAUGGUGAAAUUGGCCAAUUACGUGAUAUGACACAAACAUUGAGCGGAAUUCUUGCAUCGCUCAAUUUGCCUGCAGCCAUUGAAGAUACACAAGGUGUCGAAGUGCCAAAAUCAAUAGAAGAAAAAGCGACCGCUAUACGUCAAAAAGGUGGUAUUGAAGAAAUUAAUCGUUUGAUUAAUGAAUUGCCGGAUUUGUUGAAACGAAACCGUGAGAUAUUGGACGAAAUCGAACGAUCGUUGAAUGCUGAAGAGGAAAGUGAUAGCAAGCUACGUGGCCAAUUCAAAGAAAAAUGGACCAGAACGCCAUCAAACAAAUUGAAUCAAACUUGGCGCUCACAUAUUUCGAAAUAUCGAACAAUCAUCGAAAAAGCUAUUGAAGCGGAUAAAAAGCUCAAAGUUAAUUAUGAUAGUAACAUUGAGAAAAUCAAAUUGCUUUCAAGUCCAGCAACUGCUUUGGCUUCAGCUAUUCCUUCCAAUCAGGCUAGUGGUUCAUCCGUUGAUGAUUCAGCAGUACAAUCAUUACGACAAUUGAUGAUACAGGUGGAUGCUUUGAAACGUGAACGUGAAUCACUUGAAAAUGAAUUGAAAAACAUUGAAUUUGAAGAAUUACGUAAACAAUUUUUGAACUAUUUAAAUGUCAAUACUGGUGUUGAUGAAACGUCUGUUGCUGCAGAAGUGAUCGGUAGUGCAUACAAUGAACUUCAGAAAAAAGUUCGUCAAAGUAAAGAGAAACAGGAACGAUUAAUAACGGAAAUUCAAGAAGCGAAUCAAAAAUUUGUCGUUCAACGUGGUUCAAGUGGUUCGAAACGAGAUCAAUUUCUUAAGGAUUGUGCCGCCGCUUAUGAAGCUUAUACACAACUAUUAUCGAAUCUGAAAGAAGGCAACAAAUUCUACAAUGAUCUUACCCAAUUAUUGGUUAAUCUUCAAGUCAAAGUGAAUGAUUUCUGUUUUGCUCGUAAAGCUGAACGUGAAGAACUGUGCAAAGAUUUACAAAACGAUAUCGUAUCCAAGCCAAAUGAUCCAGUACCUAAGAUUCCUGAUUAUCAGAAGCCUGAUAGUGGCAGUUCGUCAUCAGUGCCACCGGCAGCACCAUAUCAACAAUUUAAUCCAUACCAGGCACCUGGUUACAAUUACUAUCCGCCACCACCAUUACCACAAGGAUUCAAUCCAUUCGUGAUGCCACAACCACCACCAGUUGCUUAUUAUCCGGCACCGAAUUAUCAAUAUCCACCACAAGGUGGUCAUCCACAGCCGGGCAGUUAUCCAUACCAACCACCAUCAUCAUAAUUCUCGAUUCAGUUUUGGUCACGUUUGUUGGUGUGCCUUUUUACGAUUAUUUUAAUACAAGAAAAAAACUAACAACAAGGAAAUACUGUUUUCGUUUUGUUCGAUUUCUGUAUUAUUCUGGAUAUAUACUUCUCUCAA